AUUGUUCCACAAUAAUGUUUCUCGUUGUAUGAGUGUGAACUGCAAGUUCUCUGUACAUUGAGUUUUUGUUUGGUGUCAGUAUUAUUUGGUUUUAAAUUUUUUACACCACAACACUUUCUCUUUGCUCCGUCAAUUAAUACGAAUUUGAAAAAUAUCCUCUUUGUAACUACCAAUUCUAGAAAUGGCAGACUUAUCCUAUGUAUUACCUUUGCUGUUACUACUGACUGCCACAUUGACUCACUUUUGCUUGCAUAGAGUUGAUGAAGGGCAUGUGGCCGUCUACUAUCGGGGUGGAGCGUUAUUGUCCCAAAUUAGUUAUCCUGGUUACCACAUCAUGAUGCCCUUCCUAACAACUUUUCGGUCUGUACAAGUUACACUUCAAACAGAUGAAGUAAAAAAUGUUCCUUGUGGUACAAGUGGUGGUGUAAUGAUUUAUUUUGAUAGAAUUGAAGUUGUCAAUAUUCUAAAUGCUUCUAGUGUUUUUGAUAUUGUUAAGAAUUAUACUGCAGAUUACGACAAAACAUUGAUAUUUAAUAAAGUACAUCAUGAACUUAAUCAGUUCUGCAGUGUUCAUAAUUUGCAUGAAGUGUACAUAGAUCUAUUUGAUCAAAUCGAUGAAAAUCUUAAAGUGGCACUGCAAAAAGAUUUAACAGAAAUGGCUCCUGGGCUCAAAGUACAUGCUGUACGUGUUACUAAACCUAAAAUACCAGAGACAAUACGCAAAAACUAUGAAAUCAUGGAAGCAGAAAAAACUAAACUGCUCAUUGCUGAACAAAGACAAAAAGUCGUCGAAAAAGAAGCAGAAACGGAACGUAAGCGUGCUAUUAUAGAAGCUGAAAAACAAGCACAAGUAUCAAAAAUUGAAUUUGAACAGAAAAUUAUGGAAAAAGAAUCUAUUAAACAGAUAUCUGUAAUAGAAGAUACAAUUCAUUUGGAUAAAGAAAAGAGUGCAGCAGAUGCCGAAUUUUACCGUAUUAAAAUGCAAGCCGAUUCUAACAAGUUAUUACUAACUAAAGAAUAUUUAGAAAUGAAACGCAUCGAAUCAUUAGGAAAUAACACAAAACUUUAUUAUGGACCAGAUCUCCCCAAAAUUUUCAUGCAGCAACAUAUUCCAUUAUAAAACAUAUUAAUUCAAGUUGAACGGAAUUUUUGAUAUAUAAAUAUUAAAUUGUAAGAACUGAAAAGAUAUCUCAAAAGUUCAGCUAGUGUUACAUUGUUACUAGUCAAUUUCCUGUUUAAAAUAGUUUCUCAUUUAAAUAAAUUAGUCAUCUAAUUUAAUGAAAAGUAAAUAAACCAAAUGUUUAAUUAUUAAGACUUGCAUGUAUAUAGUAUAUAUUUAUAAUUUAUAUACAUAAAAAUAUAUAUAUUUUUAGUUUUUAACUAUUAUAGACUUGAAAAUAGUAUAUCACUUACAAAGCUGUAUAAUAUUUAUAUUGGCUAAUUUCAUGUAUUAAAAUCACAAGAAUUAAAUGUUACUUAAAAGUAAAAAUUUUAAAGCACUUAUAUUGCAUAACUUUUAAAUUGUAUAUUAAACAAUUGCAAGUUUUUGAAUUAUUUUAUUAUA